UGCAACACCAGCAAGCAGCAUGCGCGUGAUUGCCGUCCUUGCUUGUCUCGCCGUUGCCGCCUUUGCCAAGAAAGACCUUCCGGCGGAUGAUAAACUCCGAGUCGGGGUCAAGUACCGUCCGGAAUUUUGCCCCCGCAAGAGUGAAAGCGGCGACAAACUGUCAAUGCACUACACGGGCACAUUGCGCAAAGACGGCAGCAAGUUUGAUUCGAGCGUGGACCGCAACUCGCCGUUCGAAUUCACCUUGGGCGCUGGUCAAGUCAUUCGAGGAUGGGAUCAAGGUCUCAUUGGUAUGUGCAUCGGCGAAAAGCGCCGCUUGACUAUUCCGUCUGGGUUGGGAUACGGCGACCGUGGGUCCCCUCCCAAGAUUCCCGGUGGAGCAACCUUGGUGUUUGACGUUGAAUUGCUCGAAAUCAAGAACGCCCCCAAGACGGAGCUUUAGUUCUUGCCAUAAGAUGUAAAAUCCUUCUGUAUCUGGGCUGUGUUCACCACAUUCGUUCGAGCCUCGAUCCCGCUUUGACCUUGGUUCAGUUUUUCCAGCUUGGCUUGAAUUUUUCGCUGCCGUUUGAUUUCUUCUUCCUUCUUGGCGGCAGCAUCCAUUUCUUGCGCGGAUCGUCUCUCAUCAUGUGCUGCUCUGGCAAUUUCUUCGAGUUUCGCAUGAACGACGUCUUUGUUUCGAAGCCAUGACAGCGACCCAUCCACAUUCGCCCAUUGCUCUACAGUCUGCAGCAGUGUAUUCGCAUGCAGCUUGAUUGGAGGUUCUUCGCCAUUCCACCAUGCUAGCAGCUUCACUUUCCACGCGUCGAGAUUGAACAGGUUGUCGAUCUCGUCAUCUUCCCAGAGGUACUUGUACCAUGCAUCCAUCUUUUCUUGCAUGUCUUCGUCCUUCCACCAUUGAUAUGCCGUCGACUUUAUCGUUGCAAGGAAGGAACUGUCGUCGGUUGAAUCAGCCGGUGCCGAGGCAUCUUCGUUGCUCUCCGUAUCGGUGGAUACCGGGAGGAUGUCAGCAAGUGGCUCCAAUGCACUCUUCCCUGUGACAGUCUCCUCGAGGGACCGUAGCCGACUGUGCAGUGCUUGGAGGUUGGCCUGGACUUUCUGCAUCUGGGAUAAAAUCGCGACUUCCUUUCGCUCUUCCUCGAGCACUUCUUCCUGCGCCCUCAUCAUUGCAAUCAUCUUGGAAGCUUCGUUGUCAUUCUCCAUUUCCAC